AUGAUUCCCAUAUCCUACCCAUCUCCAAGGGUAUCUCAACUUGAUGCUUACAUCUUAGACUCAGAACUAUUGUCAUUACUCAAACAAAACCUCACAUCCAUAUUCAAUUUGCACAAUAAUCAAUGGUGGACUUACGAUCAUCAUCCUGAAUUAUGGGACUUAAUACUUAAUGUUAUAGUAUUCCGUCUAACUACGUGGAAGAACGGAUCUUCUUAUGGAUUAUCACUUCAGAAUUUAAAAUUGGUAAAUUUCAGAAAUGGUAGGAAGAUAGGGUUUACAAAAAGAUCAUUAUUAUUAGGAUUUAUCAUCGGGGAUUAUAUGUUUUCCAAAUUCCAAUCAUAUUUAUACUCUGAUCAACAAUCUGAACCUUCAAACUUCACCAUUAUCAAUUCCAUCAAACAGUUCAUCUUUCGUCAUAAGAAUAUCAUCCUCACCAAGGUAAACAACAGUUUAAAGGUAUUAAAUCUUAUCAAUUUCCUAUUAUUCUUGAUUAGUGGGAGAUACCCAUCAUUAAUUCACAGAGUAUUGGGAAUAUCCUUAACACCUGUGGUAUCAGAUCUACUCAAAUUCAAUGGUGAUAAUGUUAAUUUCGAAUUCCAGAAUCGUCAAUUAGUAUGGAAUGUUAUGACGGAAUUCUUAGUGUUCAUCUUACCAUUAUUACAAUUGAAGAAGUUAAGGAAAAUGUCACAGAAACUUUUACUGCCUUACAAGAAAGAUGAUGUUCAACAAGCGCCUUUAUCAAAUUUACCAGUGUCACAAUGUGCCUUUUGUUUCUAUAAUAAAGAAAGAGCAUUAUUAGCAGGAGAAAAGAAAAUAGCAUCAGUAUCGACCAAUAUUACCAACCCCCAUAUCACCAACUGUGGCCACAUAUAUUGUUAUGUGUGUCUUGCAUCAUUAUUCAGUGCAGCUGAUGCGUAUGAUGGGUUCGAUGGAUGUCUUCGUUGUGGAGAGAAACUACAAUGGUUCAAGAAGUAUGGGGAAGACGGAGAUAUCGACGAAGAUGCUAUAUUGGUAGAGUAUGAAGAAGUUGAGGAGGAAGAUCCCAGCGAAGAAGAAGAAGAAGACGAAGACCACCACCACCACCAAGAGUAUAACGAGAAAACAGAUAAUUCAGAAUCGGAAAAUGAAAGUGAAUUUGAAUUUGAUCAAGAACAAGCAUUUGAUGAAGAUGGAGGAGAAGAAGAAUUCGAAGAAGAGUUUGAGGAUGACCUUGAUACUGCCAUGGAAUUAUAA